AUGAAAAUCAACGAGCACACGGCACUUCUCACACCCAAGAUUCUCCUAGUUCCAUACUCCUCUCAUCAUGUCCCUACCUAUCACGAUUGGAUGCAAGACCCCGAUCUCCAGGCCGCGACGGCCUCGGAGCCUCUCACUCUACAAGAGGAAUACGCCAUGCAAGAAUCUUGGCGCACAGAUGCUGACAAGCUCACCUUCAUCAUUUGCGCCCCGCCACCGAUAGAACCCGAACACAUCACCGCCGAGGAAGAGGACGCACCGCAUGGUAUGAUUGGUGACGUGAAUCUGUUCUUAAAUCCUGACGACGAGGACGAAGGACCUGACGACGGCAAUGGAGUGCAGAAGCUGAUUGGCGAAAUCGAAAUCAUGAUUGCAGAGAGAACACAACAGGGGAAGGGUAUAGGCAGGGAGGUCCUUAUGACUUUUAUGUGGUACAUCCUGCAGUCACAUACGCUCAGCAUGAACGAGUAUCACAGUAGCAACCCCAAUGGGAAGAAGAGCAGCUGCUUGAACUGCUUGCGCGCCAAGGUUAACAAAGAUAACGUGCGAAGCAUGAGACUUUUCGAAGGCGUGGGCUUCAAGAAAGUGAGCGCGACACCUAAUUACUUUGGGGAAAUGGAGCUGCGAUGGACGAUCUGUGCCGACUCACUCAAGGACGUCGAGACACGGCUGGAUGUGAUUCCCCAGGUUUUAGCGUUCAAGUCAUGA